UGGCCUAGAUGUGUGAAACGCCAGGGGUUGCUUUUUUGGUUCACUGAUUACUGCCAGAGGCAACCCAAUAGUAGACCAAAUGUGACACAGAAAAGUUGUGAACCCCAUAAUUUGGCAGUUAUUAAAAAAAUGAUAUGCCUAGGUUAUAGAACGUUUGUUUGGAGGGAAGCAUCACUGACCAAUAUUUAGCUGCCAGUUGCGCACAGAGAACAUGCAUUAUCAUGGGAAUGAUAGGUUGAACAUGUAGACUUAGACGCUCACACAGAAACUUAAAUCUAUUAUUUCCCCGGACGGUCAGCCCAGCAUUCCGCUUGACUGGUGAGCGAUGGCUUUGGAGGCAGACAGCGACAGAGGUUCAUCAAGAAGCGCUCAUGAAAAAUAUCCCCGGGCAGCGUUGGAGCGCAACUGCUACGUGAAGACAUGUGUCACCCCGUUGCACCAGGACGCAGGGAGCCAGUCGUGGUUGAGACUCGCCGUGACAUGGACUUGCCGAGGAGUGUCGUCUGCGGUCUGCUUUGCCUCCGUCUCCGUUAUUCUCGCUCUGCUGCUCAGAUUGGUCGACUGGGAUGCAGGCAGCAGCAGCAGCAGCAGCAGCAACGGAAAUAGCAGCGGCUCCGGCUCUCGUCUUCAUUUCGCGGCGGGCUGCGCUGUGGAGCUGCUUUUGACUGUGGGUUACUGCGUCUCCCCCGUUUUUACACUUGUAUGUGCCUUCUUCUGGGUCGGACUGUAUCUAAUUCGCUGCGGGGUGCUCAUCCGCACCGCGGUGUUUUUGUUAGCGGUGUGCCACUUGGGCGAAGCCGCGGCGCAGUCCCUCCUGCGCGGCGCCGAGGAGCAGCUGCUGUCCCUCCCCGCGACCCUGGUAGUCCUCGGCUGCCUGGGCAGCGGGGCUCUGCUGGUCGUCCGGCUGCGUCAGGGAGUGUCCAUCCUCGUCUUCAUUAGCGUCAUCAGGGCCAUCUCCCUCGUCUCUCUGGGCAGAAUCCGGGCCAGCUGGAGACCCUACCUGGCCUACCUGCUGGGGCUGCUGGGGGUUUUGCUUGCGAGGUAUGCUGACCGGCUCCUGCCGGCCUCAGGGACCAGCGGGACGGGGUGCUGUGGCUCUGUGACCGGGGCGAAGGAGGAGGACAUCCCUGUCUUCAAAAGGAGACGGAGGUCCAGCUCCAUAGCGGCCUCGGAAAUGAUGGCUCACGGUCAGAGCAACAGCAAGUCCCACCGCAGGACUUCGCUGCCUUGCAUUCCGCGGGACCAGAUUAUGUGCCACCCAGAAUGGGACUACAAGAGAGCUCUGAGCAGAUCCCAGUCUUCAGGCACCAGUGUGGUAGUGGACAUCGCGGUGAUGGGUGAAGCCCACGGGCUGAUCUCAGACCUGCUGGCAGACCCCUCGCUGCCCCCUAACACCUGCAGCUCUCUGAAGGCUGUCAGCAACCUCCUCAGCACCCAGAUCAGCCUCCAGCCGCUCCACCGGCCUCGCGUCCCUGCAGACACACAUACCUGCUCUGACUCCGAGGAGGGGCCGGAAAAAACAGAGAGACUGGCCAUUCCAAAGCGUUUAAGACGGAGUCUGCCCCCAGGAUUGCUUCGGAGAAUAUCAUCAACUUGGACCACGACCACCUCAGCUACGGGGUUGCCUACCAUUGAGCCAGGCCCUGUACGCCGAGACCGCUCAGCCAGCAUUAAACACAACACAGACAGUGAAUCAUGGAACAACUCAGUGAUGAUGACCAUCUCAAAGAGUCGCUCCAUGUCUGUCUCCUGUGCUGCCUCUGUCAUCUCCAACCACCUCUACAGCAAACCACUGGGAAGACCAGGUUUCCCCCCCUCCAACGUAUCACCUCUGGGCUCUCCUUGCUCAUCUCCUCCAGUCCAGGGCACACCUGUCUCAAGCCCUACCAUCAAGACAUGUUCAGUGCAGCUUCCUGAGCCAGCUGGGCCCAUGACAGAGCGGACCUCUGGCUCUGUGGCCCCCAAGAGCCACCACAGAGCCUUAACCCACAGCAUGAGCGCCCCAAGCUCCACCACCCCUCACUGGCGGCCUCCAUCACUCUGCGGCAGCUGUGGUAAGCCGUUCAACAAUCGACUAAACCACGGGGUAGAGUCUGUCAACAAAGGGGACAGAAUACCCCAUCCAGAUGAGCGUGCCGUAGCUUCUUCAGACUAUGACAGCACCUACGACAGCACCUAUGAGACCAACCACAGUGACAGCAGCGACUUUGCACAGAAUGAAGAAGAGGGAGAGGGAGGCAAGAAGCUGCCUGAAGCAAGGGAAGGUUGCAGGGAGUAUCUGGCACAGGGCAUUGUUCUUCACCCACUCCUGCCAUCACCAGAGGACAAGCCAAUCUUGGCGGUGGAGCCUCUGGUGAUGCCAGCACUGGAGCCUUUGAUGAGUCAACUCAACAACUGGAACUUUCCCAUUUUCAGUCUGGUGGAGAAGACCCAUGGCAAGACAGGCUGCAUCCUCAGUCAGGUUUCCUAUAAGCUCUUUGAGGACACGGGUCUAUUUGAGACCUUCAGAAUUCCUGUGCAAGAGUUCAUGAACUACUUCCAUGCUUUGGAGAACGGAUACAGGGUCAUCCCUUAUCACAACCGGAUCCAUGCCACUGACGUGCUACAUGCUGUUUGGUACCUCACCACUCAACCUGUACCAGGCCUGCCCACCCUGCUGACUGAGAAUGGGAUACACACCGACUCAGAGAAUGGCAUCACGCCUGGCGCAACAGGCUUCCUGAUGUCCAAGAUGAACUCUGUGAUGGAGGAUAGCUAUGGCUCCCUGGCUGGCCUUAUUCCCGGCCUGGAGCUCAUGGCGCUGUAUGUAGCUGCUGCCAUGCAUGACUAUGACCAUCCUGGAAGAACCAACGCCUUUCUAGUAGCUACCAGUGCACCACAGGCUCUUCUGUACAAUGACCGCUCAGUCUUGGAAAAUCACCAUGCAGCUUCAGCGUGGAACCUCUUCAUGUCUCGACCUGAGUAUAACUUCCUGGCUAACCUUGAACAUGUGGAGUUCAAACGCUUCCGCUUCCUCGUCAUCGAAGCAAUCCUAGCCACCGACCUCAAAAAGCACUUUGACUUCCUUGCAGAGUUUAAUGCUAAGGUGGGUGAUGAAGGGGUGUCCGGUAUUGAUUGGACCAAUGAAAACGACCGAUUGCUGGUGUGCCAGAUGUGCAUCAAGCUGGCUGAUGUCAAUGGACCACUGAAGUGUAAAGAGCUGCACCUGCAGUGGACAGAAGGGAUCGUCAACGAGUUCUACGAACAAGGUGAUGAAGAAGCAAGCCUGGGCCUUCCCAUCAGCCCGUUCAUGGACCGCUCCGCUCCACAGCUGGCUAAACUCCAGGAGUCGUUCAUCACUCACAUUGUGGGACCUCUGUGCUCCUCCUACAACUCUGCUGCUCUUAUGCCGGGACGCUGGGUUGACCUGGCUGAGGGAGAGACAGAGCCAGAGGAGGCGAAGGAGGGACAAGAUACAGAAGCGGAAGAGGAGGAUACGAUGGAUGAGGAUGCAUCAACAGGUUCUGGCACCUCCCAGCGACAAGAAACCAAAAGGGUGAGCAGGAGGAAAGUAUUUUGCCAGAUAACACAGCAUAUUCUGGAAAACCAUGACAUGUGGAAAAGAGUCAUCGCUGCGGAAGCCCAGGAGGAAGCUCGGAAAGAGGACUGCAUCAGCAGCCCCACUGAUCCAAUCACAGCCAUUCAUGAGGAAGAGGAGGAACAAGCAAGCAAAGAGGAAGAGUCGACUGAAUGCCUUGAUGAAAGGGAAGAGGUGCCGGCUUUAGAGGAAGAAGAAAUGCUUCCACAAUCAGAGACUUCAGGGGGAAAAGAGGAGGAACCAGAGUGAUAUUAUGAACUUUGACCUCCUCUUAAAACCAGGAAUCUGAAAGUUGUCUAAAAUGUUUUGUUUCUUUCCUAACUAAACUCUUGAUAUGGUAGCCAGCACAUCACUUCGACACAACACUGUAGAAGAUGUUUUGGGUAAUAUGUGCCUAACAAAAACUGGAUUUGAGGAGAGGAAUGAUGCAUGCCCAGUUCAUCUGACGAGGGGAGAGAUGUGAGAUGAGCAAAAGAGGAAGUGACUGAGGAGUAGAAGACGAAAGAGAAAAUGAUUGGAACUGUACUUGUUUUUGCUGUAGUGUUUGUUUUAGUUUGGAUCUGCUGCCCUGCCCUCACCCAGGCUGCCCAUCCUGCACUACGGGCCAACCACGCUGAUUCACAGAUUCACUCCACCAGUGAGUAAUACACUGUCACGAGCCUCCUCCAUCCCCCAACCUUCUUAUUGCUCCCGUUCUAUCCGCACACUGUGGAGCCACCCAGCUUGUUGAGGAUGUGCAACAAGUCCCUUUUCCUUGAAGACAAUGGGAUGAAAGCCAGGGAAAAAGCUGUGUCCACUGAGGCUUAGCCGUGUGGAUUUCAGAGGGAGACGGAAAAAUAGGCCAGUUGUAGUACAUUGUGUAUACAGACGUACACACACACACACACACACACACACACACACACACACACACACACACAAUCCUACUGUAGAAACACAUUCCAUACUCAGAUAGGAAGUUUCACAAAGAACCCUGUUGCUCUAAAAGCUUUAUUCUCGCUCAAGGAAAAACAUACAAAACAAGGUUUUGUUCUUUUAAAACAAUGUUUGUCCGCAUGUUUUCUCCCAUUCUUUUGUUACUCAAAGUCAGCCUAGCAUACCCACACGUUUCCAGGCCACACAACUCAGGAAGGCAAAAACCCGUAGAGAAAAAGAAACAAAAAGGACUUGCAGUUUCCUUGUCGUUUAACUUGCGAAUGCUUUAAGAUUUUCUUUCUCUGCUGUUUGCGAUGAUUUACUGAUGUCCACUGAGACAUGUGGUUUCCUUUGCGAAUCACAAAAGAACCACAAGGGAAACAAGGUUAUUGAUCACAUUAUACUGUAUAUCACAAUUCUAUUUAAUUUGUCUGAUCUCUCAGUGGCAGCCUCCCAUUGGACCCUAUGACCCAAAUCACAUUCAGACUAACUUACAAGACACAAAACUAGCUAAUAAGGUAAUGUGUUUUGUUAAGAAAAUAUAAUUUCCACAGGUUAUGCCACUUCCCAACUUGUUUUCUUUACAGAAAUGUACUCAGUAAUGGCUGAGCAUGUUUGAAUUAGUGAAUUAAUAAUUAAUUAUUUAUUUUUUGGAAUAUCUUGUAUAGCUUGGUAUGUAGGCCAAAUGUUUCAGAAAGUAAAGUAAUCCAGUAAGCCAUAGUGGCCCAGGCCAGAGCUGACUCACAGCUCCUAAUCACCCAACAGGAUUUGCGUCAAUAAAAUAAUUCACUCCCUGGGGAGCCUAUUGCCAUCCAGGGGGUGCUGUGUACCCACAAGACACUAUCUGCAAGUCUCGAUCAGACCCAAAUUAUUAAUUAGUUACUUGUUGCACAAAAGACAAAGAAAGUAAUGUGGGACAAAUAACAUUGCCCAUUUCUCAUCCAUGGUUAACCACGUUUACUUUAAAAAAAAAAAAAACAGGGGGUUCAUUUAUUAAGUUCAUCAAAAUAAAAGUGCAGGCCUCAUACUGUCAGGGUUUUCUUUACCUACACUGAGGAAAUCCAAAUAUUUUGUAUUAUGUAAAAAAAAAAAAAAAAAAG